CGGGAGGGGCGGGCCUGGCCACCAUGGCCGCUGCCGAGCGAAGCACGUCCGUGGCCGCCCUGAGCAUGCGAGCAACCUCGCGCAGCUCAGGGCAGCCCGUUGGCAGCCCAGCCGCCGAGUGCACUGCAAGCAGGGCGCCGGGCUCCACCCACAGCGCUGCCAGUGCGGGCUCCCUGCUGCUGCCGAUGUCGGACACGCUGUGGCUGGAGGUGGAGCCCGUGGCCCGCGCGCUGCGGGGGCUCGGCUUGGAGCCGCGCCGCCCGAGAGGCGCAGGUAACAGAUAUGGACGCCUUUGA